AUGAGAACUCAGGAGGAAAUUCUGCGAGAGCUCGAGCAUCUUCCAGAAUCACUUCAAGACCUGUAUUCAAUCGCUCUUCAACAGAUCAACCAACUCCAGGAAGCUUAUAGACAUACGGCUAGAACCGCUUUGCAGCUUUUGCUCGUGGCUGUGCGGCCUAUCCCCUGGUCAGAAUUCCUCCACCUUCUGAGCGUCAAUCCGAACAGUGGAGGCCUGGUUGUUCUCAAGACGGAUGUUGUCAGCAUGACGGGAAACUUUCUACUAGAUGAAGACCAUAGUGGUACCCCAAGAUUCGCACACCAGUCUGCAAGGGAAUAUCUCGAGUCGCUCCCAGAUUUCGAAUCAUUAUCGAGUAACGCAUCUGCAGCACACAUAUGUUUGCAUCACAUCAAACAGCCAGGUAAUUGGGAUUCGAGAAACUUUUCCUACUCAUCAUUCUACUUGGGCAACCACCUUGGUAAGACACACAAAUGUCAGCGAGACACAUUCCGGCCAAUCUUGGAAGAACUACUGCUGCCCACGCAGAAUUUUGUUGAGGCAAAUAGGUUCGAGCCUUUGAUGCCCGAGUCUGAAUUAUUCCAGAAGUGGCGACGACGCAUCUCAAGCUUCCAGCGAACUGGUUACCUGGGCAACAACCGCAAUGUGGACGGGGCGGAGUUGUGUCCGGCGACUAUGGUAUCUACUAAACCUAUAUUUGCCAUCUGCGCUAUGGGCCUGGCCGAGUUCUUGCCAUUGCUCCCGCGCAAAGUGCUACAAACUUACGAGCAACCACAGCUAGAUUUUGCCGAUCUAAGUGCAGUGGGUUAUGAAGCGCUACGCCAGUAUCAUAUGCGCAGUUCCCUCGAGAUUGCCAUCCUGCUCCAUCAAUCAGAUAUUGUGGCGACCUUUCAUCAGCUGGGUCUUGACAUGGAUCGUCUUGGUCCUUUUAAUGAAAAGCCCGUACACCUGGCAGCCAAGCUAGGAAAUAACGACAUCCUCCGUCUUCUCCUGAGCUUUGGCGUCGAUCCCAACUCGAUGAUGAGUCUCGGAGUUGCAAGGCCAGAGGAAGACAGCCAGAAUACAACUAGGUUGGACGAUACUAAUGACGAGCGGCGCAGACCAGCAUCUUCCUUGGGGUUUCAUGUUCGCGUCAACAACCGCAGCGAAAUCCGCAGCCCUUUCUUUUUCAAGGAGGAAAGUCUUUCCAUCCUUCACUUGGCCAUGCACACAUCCAACGCCGCCCAGUGUAUACAAACUCUCAUUGAGUACGGUGCUUCCGUGAACCUACGAACCUCCAGAGAUGUGACACCUCUCCAGCGCUGUCUUGAAUAUGGGAAUUUGAAAGUCACUUCUGAGGUCUUCAAGAUUCUCUUGGCAGCUGGAUCCCGCCCCAACGAUGUACUUCCAGGGGGCCAGAGUAUAGUUCACGUGGUAGCCACAAUGGGUCUCUCCAACAUCACCCGGCUUCUUCUAGAGGCAGGAGCAGAUUGUGUCACUGAAGACCAUCAUGGCCAAACUCCCUAUGACCUUGCACGACGCAUGGGUAACCAUGAAGUAACCGCAAUACUGGCUGUUGUGGACGCUGAAUACCGGAAAACGCACCCACACAAGUCUCAUGAACUAUUCAAACAUCAUUCGACUUCUGAUAUCCCACUGUUCAACGUCGAACUAGAUGACUCUAGUACUACAAUAGCUUCCGAUACCCAACCCGCCGAUGGAGAAUAUUUAAGCCCCAACACCCAGUCCAAGCGGCCAAAAUUCCUCACAAAAUUGGUCAACAGAGAGUGGGGUCGACUAACAUCUGGACGAUGA